AUGGAAAAUUCUCAAAUAUUCCAUGAUUUCUCUGUUUCAACAUCAAUUUCGAAUGAUUCUUCUUCUUGUCAUCUGAAUUCUUCAGCUGAAAAUCAGAGUUACGAAGAUAUAUUAAAUAAUUCAGUUAAUAAUUCAGAACAAAAUGAUGCUAAUGAGGAUCCAGAAUCCUAUGUGGUUGUUGGCCAAGAUUUUGAAGAACCAGUUUCAUUAGAGGGAAGUGUAGUUAAGGAUGAUGAUGAGGCGUAUGAGUUAUACAACAGUCAUGCAUUUAGGAAUGGUUUUGGUACUAGGAAGGGUAAAAAGGAGUAUAGAAGUGGUACUAGAAUAGUUCGACAACGGUUUUUUGUUUGUGCAUACGAGGGGUUUAAAAAUCCAGAUGGUGUUGUGCCUAAAUCCUUUAAAAAAAUUGAUAGGAGAACUGGAUGCAAGGCUUCAGUUCAGUUUGAUGUUGAUAAGAAAACUGGAGUGUAUGUUCUUUCUAAACAUUCCCGUCUGCAUAACCAUUCAAUGGUUCCUGCUAAUAAGAGACACCUUAUUAGGUCACAUAGGCACAUUUCAAAAGAACAAUUGGCUUUUCUUACUACUUUUACUUGUAGUGGCACGAAGCUUGCUGAUGUUCUUAGAGCUAUGAGGAAAGAAGUUGGUGGCCUGACGCAGAAGAAGAAAAAGUUGGAUGGUUGUGAUUCAAAUCAGUUGAUCAGAUGGUUCGCUAUGAGGCAAGCUAAAGAACAUGAUUUUUAUUAUGAUUUUCAAUUGAAUGAAGAGAAUCAGUUGAUCAAUUUUUUUUGGAGAGAUGGAAGAAUGCGGUCUGAUUAUGAAGCUUUUGGUGAUUUAUUGAUUCAUGAUACAACUUAUCGUACUAAUAAAUACGAUAUGAUUUGUGGGCCUUUUGUUGGAAUGAAUCUUCACACUCAAAAUAUCAUGUUUGGAGUGGGUUUUAUAUUGAAUGAGAAGGCAGGUACUUUUGACUGGCUUUUUAAUUCUUUUUUGACUUCAAUGGGAGGGAAGCAACCUGUGACUAUCAUGACUGAUCAAUCUUCUGCCAUGGACAAGGCUAUAAGGGAAGUGUUUCCAAAAUCGAGGCAUCGUUUGUGUACAUGGCACAUUGGGGAAAAUGCUGUUGUAAACAUCAAAGGUGUUAUGGCCAAAGAAGGUUUCAAACGUCGGUUUGAUUAUGUUUUGAAAUAUACUGACACAGUUGCUGAGUUCGAGCAUUAUUAG